GGGGCGAGAUGACUCAUUCGGGCGAGAGAGAGAGACGAGGGAGGACGUACGCUUAGCUCUCUCCUCACGCGCGUGCAAACUCAACCCAUACCGAAGUGCCUGAGCGAGUGCCUGGGAGUGCCUAGCGUGUUAGUGCCAGUGGUUCACGCUAUGGAGACAACGAUGUACGAGGACGGCUAUAACCAGUACUCGCGGGAGGGCCUCACGCAGAUUAAGCGGCGUCUGACCCUUGACCUGACCAGCCGCCCCUCCAAACGACAGCGGCAGGGCGGGGGCAUGGCGGGGAACUUCAACCCACUCCUGACCUCACCUGACCUCAACCAACUGAAGCUGGCGUCCCCGGAACUGGAGAGACUGAUUAUGCAACAAAGCGGAGCGGUUGUUCUCAGCGGUAGCGGUGGUGGUGGUGGUGGUGGUGGUGUUACGGGCGGUGGUGUUACGACCUCAGCCAACACCAAUACCACCACCGUCACCACCAGCACCUCAAGCUCACAGUUCUUCUUCCCAAAAACCGCUACCGUCGAGGAGGAGGAAUUCGCUAGGGGCUUUGAAGACACUUUGGAACAGCUGCACCACCAAGAGGCAUUAGCGGCGGCAGUGACCAGCGGUGGAUCAGGGCUUCAAUACACGACCCUUGAAGUGCCAACCAGUCUCCCCGCACCUACAAACUCCAUGGGGCUACUCUCACAGGGGCACAUCAAGGAGGAACCCCAAACAGUGCCUAGCGUGGGUGCCUCCCCGCCGGUGUCACCAAUCAACAUGGAGUGCCAGGAGAGAAUUAAGCUUGAACGUAAGAGGCUAAGGAACCGCAUUGCAGCUUCGAAGUGCCGCAGGAGGAAGCUUGAACGGAUAGGCCGGCUGGAGGAUAAAGUUCGCAUGCUCAAAGGCGAGAACGUGGAGCUGCAGAAUGUUGUUAAUAGACUUCGCGACCAGGUUUGCAGUUUGAAGCAGGAAGUUAUGGAACACGUCAACUCAGGCUGCCAGAUUCCCUUUGUCACGACCCACCAGCAGUAGAAUCCCGGUCAUCGUCAUCGCCGCUAGACGGUUUCGAAUCCUCUGCUGAUCAGUCCGUCAUGUCGCUAGGCUGACACGAAGCUCUGGACCGUAUCAUGUGACUGUAACUUGGUGCUUGUGAGAUUGGUUCAGUCAUCAGGCAGUCACCAAGAUGUUCUCUAUAACGUGAGCUUGACUGUGUGUUAAUUAGUGCUUGGAAGAGGCUAGUUAAAGCAGUCAGGGUCAUCAGUCAUCACCCAAGUCAUCAGGCAGUCACCAAGAUGUUCCCUAUCACGUGAGCUUGACUGUGUGUUAAUUAGUGCUUGGAAGAGGCUAGUUAAAGCAGUCAGGGUCAUCAGUCAUCACCCAAGUCAUCAGGCAGUCAUCAAGCUGUUCCCUAUAACGUGAGCUUGACUGUGUGUUAAUUACUGCUUGGAAGAGGCUAGUUAAAGCAGCCAGGGUCAUCAGUCAUCAGGCAAGUCAUCACCCAAGUCAUCAGGCAGUCACCAAGAUGUUCCCUACCACGUGAGCUUGACUGUGUGCUGACUAGUGCUUGGAAGAGGCUAGUUCAAGCAGUCAGGGUCAUCAGUCAUCAGUGCAGUCAUCACCCCAAGUCAUCAUUCAUCACUUCAACCUCUUCUGUACCACGUGGCUUGACUGGCUGUGUACUGUUUGCUGGUCAGUUCAAGCAGUCAUCAACAGUCAUCAGGCAAGUCAUCAGUAGUCAUCCCUUCAAGCUGGACUGUUAUGUGACUGUACUUACCAGUGCUUGGAAGAGGUUAGUUCAAGCAGUCAUCAACAGUCAUCUCCAAGCAGUCAUCACUACAACCAGCAACACGUGACCCGGCCAUGUGGUGAUGCUUGUAACUGGACCGUUCAAGGAGUCAUCGUCGCCAAGGUCAUUCAAGGUCAUCACAACACUACCUGUACGUGACCUGGCCUGACCUGACUCCUGCACCACCACAGGUCAUCAGGUCAUCAAAAGCCACAAGCAAGUCGUCACCAAGUGUUUUGUUUAUUCAAGGUUAUCAUCAUCAUUUGACCUAACAUGACCUCUUCAUCACUUCAUCAUCAUCACCUCUUCACACACCACUUGACCUAACCUGACCCCAUCAUUACCAUCAUAUGACCUCACUGAUGACCUAGCACCUCACCCUUGAACCUGGAGGAUGACUGACCUCUCCACCCUUGAGUCAGUACUAUGCAAGGGUGACCUCAGAGGUAAAUAAGUGUAAGAGUAACCCCAAGUUUGACCUAAGAUGAAAAGUGUGUGACCUCAGAGGUGGCUUUUUAGGAUAUAAGUGUGACCUGACUAUGAUGCAAGUGACCUAAGAUGACCUAAUGAUCUUUUUAGGAUGACCUGAGUGUGAUUUGACAUGACCUAAGAUGCAAAUUGACCCAAGGGAUGACUUUAGGGUGGGAGUAUGACCUGAGAUGACCUAACGAUGACCUUUUUUUUUGGAUGAGUGACCUGAGGGUGACCUAAGGAUUAAACCGAGACCCCAGAUUGACCUCUAGGGUGCAAGUUUGACCCCAGGAUGACUUGACCUGACCUGACCGUGUGAGGGUGACCUAUGCAAACACCCUGACCUCUGUGAGUGCCAGGGUGAUCUUACAUACACACACACUAUGACCCCGAUAUUGUGAACCGCACCCCUGACCUCGAUAUAUUGAAUCAUACCCCCUCCCUUCUUCACCCUGACCCCGAUAUUGUGAACCAUACCCCUCUCCUUCACCUCGACCCCGAUAUUGAGAACCACACCCUCUCCCCGCACCCUAACCUCGAUAAAGUGAACCAUACCCCUUUCCUCACUCACACUAACCCCGGUAUUGUGAACCCUACCCCUUCCCAAUCACCCUAACCCCGAUAUUAUGAACUAUACUCUUUUCCCCUCACCCAAACCCCGAUAUAUUGAACCCUAACCCUUCCCCUAGCCCCGAUAUUGUGAACCCCUUCCCUCACCCUAACCCCGAUACAUUGAACCUCACCCUAACCCCGAUUAUCUGAACUUCUACCCUCCUUCCUUCCCCCUUGUUCCCCUCCCAUAGAUGCUACUAAAGGGAGAUUCGCCCCCCCCUCCCCCUCUUCACCUCACCCCCCUAUUUUCCACUCUCCCCCCCCCCCUACGGUGUAACGGGGUGGGUCUGGGGUUACUAUAUCGGGGUCACUCUAGUCAGUAUGUUUUGGGCUCACCCACCCCCCUUCUCCCCCCUCACCCCCCACCCCCCAUCUUGACCUGCCACCCCCCUCCUCCACCCACCCCCAAAAUCCCCCCGCUGUGAUAGUGCCCGGCCCCGCACACACACACACACACACACACACACACACACACACACGAAUGAUGAAAAAAAAAAGCAAGGAGAAAAAACGCACACAGCAGUUUACUUACAUGGAAAAUACACACACACACACACACACACACAGUUAUGCAUAUCAAGGAGAGAACCAGGAACACACACACACAGUUACGCAUACCAAGGAGAGAACCAGGAAACACACACACACACACACACACACACACACACACACACACAGAACGAUAAAUUAAAAAAAGUAUAUAUAUAAAUAAUUGUAUGUCUCUGUAUAUGUUAUUCGCUAGAGCAUUGCAAGCCCAUACAAUAAUAAUGAAACUAUAACCGUAUAUAUAUUUUAUUAUGCAAAGAGAGAGAGAGAGGGAGUAAAGAAGAAGAAGAGGAGUUCUAUGAAGCCCCCCCGAGCCUAUACCAUAAUGUCUUACUAUAUAUUAUGCAUUUGUGAAGACUUUUUGUAUGGAGGAAUUUCUUAUUUAUAUAAAGACAAAAAGGAAAAAAAUA